UCCACAGAAAUGGCUGGUGGUAUCGUCUCCUGUCUGCUCUGGUUCUUCAGAUACAGCCUCAUCCUGCUGCUCCUCCACGAUGUGGAGGCCAAUAAAUGCAACGAUACAAUCCAUAGAAAGGUUGGAGAAAAUGUGGAGCUCCCCAUAUGCUCAUCAAGUGAAGGGGUCAACUAUGCAGAAUGGAGAUUCAAACAGCAGACCAUUAUAGAGUGGUAUGAUAACAGAAGUCACAAAGUUCCAGAGUUUGAAAGAACAAUAGACAUGAACCUUGAAAAUUUGUCUUUAAUCUUGAAAAGUUUGACCCUUGAUGACUCAGGGACUUAUGAGUUUAGCUCAGACAGACAUGGAGUGCUAAUACCCUCGACCGUCAUCACUCUGCAAGUCUACGAGGUCAUUAUGGAGCCAGUCAUAUGGCUUAACUCUACCUGGCAUGAGUCUAACAGCUCCUGCACCGUUUUCCUUGAGUGCAGCGUCCUCCAUCUCAGCAGUGUGUCCUUCAGCUUGACUGUCGGCAGUCACAGCUACACAGGCGCCAAAGUCUUCGUCUCCCUGCAGCUGCAAGACAACGAGACUGUCAUCUGCAACGCUUCCAACAGAUUCAACAAGACGUCUACAUUAAAAAUGGUGACGUGUGUAAACACCACGUCUACAGACGCCCCGCCGGGUAUGUAG